UGAUAUGGCACCACUGACAACAGAAGUAAACAAACAUAAAGACAACAUUUCUGUUUAUACCGGAAAAGUAGGCGCAAUGAGCAAUGGCCACGAAACCAAGGGAACGUGGGAUCCUUCGAUCAAACUUCUCCAGUCACACAACAAACCUCCACCUUGCUUUGGAGCAGAGUUGCCUUCAGAAAUUACGCACAACAAAGCGAUUCUCAUCCAAAUCUGGACCUGGCAUAUAUUUUAAACAAUGGACGACAACGAGGAUGAACUGGAGGAGCAGCAGGAGAUAGUCAGCGACGGCAGUGUCGAGGAAGAGGAGGAGGUGGAGCCUGAUCUGGGACCAGUGGACAGUUGGGAGUCCUUUAAUGACCGCAUCGAUGGCCUGAUCUUUAACGAGCGAUGCGACAAGUCGGUGAAGAAGUUGGACGAACGCCGGCUGGCGAUACUCAACCGGGUUCGUCAGCAGUUCCGCGAGGCCCCGAAAGGCGUCGCCGAACGUUGCCAGGCCCAGAAGUCGCCCAUUGACCAACGGCUGGAGUUGUCCAGCGAGCGAUUGAACGAACUGGUACGCUUUGGCAAAGAGCUGGUGACCAAUGUCCGGGUGGCCAACGAGCGAAGGGAGCUGAAUCGCCGAAUCUUCGAGGGUGCGCAGAAGAAUCAGAUAAAUGUGAAGCUGCAACGCGAAAGCGUUGAGACAAUGGCUCGUUUCGAGAACAUUAAGGCGCGCUGGACGGAGCUGGAGGAGACCAACGAGCCGAUGCUGCUGUGGGACCAAAUCGAAGAGCAAAAGAAACGCAUUGCCGAGAUCAUGGCACGCAAGGAUGAGAUGAUAUCUGCCUGCCAAGCGGAGGUGGACCGCAUGAAUGCCAAGUACGAGUUCGAUCGCGAGCGGCAGGCCCAGGAUCUUUGCUGUCUGGUGGAGCGCGUCGAUCACCAGGUGGAGACGCUAAAGGAGGCCUACAAGGAGCACAUCCAAAUGCUGCGGCAAACCAUCGAGGAGGAGCGGCAAAUCUUCGCCGAUAAUGCGGUGGAGAAGUGGCGCACCUUCUUCGAUGCGAUGAAUGCCAACUUUGACGAGAAGGCCAAUUUGGUAAGGGCACGCGAGCAAUUCUAUGCUCGCCAAACCCAGCAGAUCAACGAGUCCCAGGAGGAGCUGACCAAGAGCACUCGCAUUCGGCUGGAGAAGGAGUGCGAGAGGCUCGAGCUGGAGCUGCGUCGCACGCGCGACAAUGUGCUGAUGAACUCCGAGAAGCUGGACUAUAACUAUCAAGUUCUCCAGAAGCGCAACGAGGAGAACGUGAUCAUUAACAACCAGCAGAAGCGACGGGUGGCCCGACUGCAUGAGGCGAUCGGACGCACCCGGCGUGGCCUGAAGAAUCUUUACAACACGGGCAAGCGGAACAUAGCCCGUCUUUCCUCGGACAUCUACAAGCUGCACUCCAACAUCAACGAUAUGGAGUCGAAGGCGCAUCAGGCGAGGCUGAACAAUCGUGAGAAGUUCGAUCGCAUCUGGGAGAUCAACUACAAGGAACUGAACCUGCUGGUGGAUCGGGUCUACCACAUCGAUCGCAUCAUACACGAGCAGCAGCUGGCCAUGCCGUGGUCCAGUCCCGUGCCACCUAUUCCGAACAUCAACAAGGCGAAGAAGAAGCGCAAUAACAUUCUGGAGAAGUUUGACAUGCGGAUUGGCCGGGUUCCCAAGAACAGGGUGAUGCCCAAGUCGAGCGUAAAUUGCAAGCCGGAUAUUAAGGAGCUGCCGCCGGAUUCUCUACGCUUGAUGCGUAAUCUCAUUCGCAAGCUGUCCGAUCGCGGCGGUUUCCUCAUCGAGGAGCGCCUGCUAAAGAUUCUUGAGCCGUAUUCCGAGGAGGAAAAAUGCCUGGUACGCAUCGACAAUAUAUUUGCGGCGUUGCGAAUUCGUCAUCUGCGUGAUGUCAAGGAACUGACCAAGGUUUUCAUGCCGUACACCUACUGUCCGAAUUGCCAACCGCAGGGAUUGAGUCCACGCAAGUGUGCCGAGGUGUUUAUGAAGGAUCAAAAGCCAAAUCGGCUGCAGGGCACGGCGAGUGGCCAACCGGAGGAGAAGGAGCAUAGGUCGACAGGGGAAACAUUUCUACCCAAGAGCGAGGAGGCGGCCAAGAGAUGCCACAAUCACUAUCUGGUCAUGGAGCCGGCCCUCUGCCUGCACGCCAUGAAUCUGUUCACCUCCAAGAUGCACAAAAAGAUGUACGAACACGAACCGGGCAGCAUUCUCAAUGCGGUAAAUCUUAUUCAGAUUACGGAUGCAGAGAUCCGUAAUUUCUGGCGCCAGUUCUCGGCCUGCUUCCCGGCCUCCAAGUGCAAGCUGUGGAAGACCCUGGAGCACGGCCUGAACCACUACGUGGAGGUGCUCAAGAUGCGUGUGCAGUACGAUGCGGAAGUCGUCUUCUUGCGUCGCCAGAACGAAGAGUUGCGCCAUCUGCUGCAGAAGUUCACCGUCUAGGUGGGAUAUCAUUCAAUUACAGCCUCAACUGCAAUGCACACACAUAAUCCCAAGCAAUUAUUGUCCGAUUUCACUGCAAACAUGAUAAAUUAUAAUUGUGCCUAGUCUUGCUCUUUGACAUUGCCAUGGAAGUAGUUCAGAGACGUGGGCUCCCGGCUCCCUGCGCCAUCUGAAAAGCUUGUAUCACUCAAGAAGCGUGCAAUAAAAGUAUAUUUUGAUCAUGAAAA